CACUGUAGACUACCUCUGCUGAGUGCGGAGAGAGCUCAGAUCCCAACGCACCCCAGUUUUGGGUCCCCCUCUUUUCUAAGCCAGCUGGUCUGGCUUAAUGUCAUCUCUUUCCUUCUUUUUCUUUUAUUUUUUAAAAGAUCUUUUUCUUGUUUGACACAAGGGAUUGACUGAACUGACCCACAGCUGGAGCUGCUGGGGAACCUUCCAGGUGAAGAACAAAAAGCACUGGUGCUCGUUGAGCAGAGGCGCGCGCUCAGGAGGAGACUCGCUGAUGGAGUGAACCGCAGGACGGAGAGACACCGGAGAAAGUCACGGAACACACGCGGGACUGAGAGGACCCAGCCAGCAGUUUGGAAUUGAUAGUGAGAAACCUUGAGGACCUGUGAGUCAAACAAAGAAACCAGAGGAGGAGACGUUUCUAUAUAAGAGGAAAAGCAACAGGAUAAAUACCGAAGAUGGGGAGAAAAAAGAUUCAGAUAGCCCGGAUAAUGGAUGAACGGAACCGACAUGUCACGUUCACCAAGCGCAAGUUUGGUCUGAUGAAGAAAGCAUAUGAGCUGAGCGUGUUGUGCGACUGUGAGAUUGCACUCAUCAUCUUCAACAGCACCAACAAGUUGUUUCAGUACGCCAGCACCGACAUGGACAAAGUUCUGCUCAAAUACACAGAAUACAACGAGCCCCACGAGAGCAGGACCAACUCGGAUAUUGUGGAUACACUGCGUAAAAAGGGUUUAAACGGCUGCGACAGCCCCGACAUCGAGGCAGAUGACUCUGCUGGUCAGAGCCCAGAGUCAGACGACAAAUACCGCAAAAUCAAUGAUGACAUCGACCUAAUGAUCAACAGACAGAGAAUCUGUCAGGGUCUGCCUCCCUCCAACUAUGACAUGGGAGUGUCCAUCCCAGGCAGUAAUGCCAGCGGACUGCUGUACUCCCACCCAGGCAUAGGAGGUGGUCUAGGUAACCACAAUCUGCUGCCCAUCUCACACACACACCCCUCCCUACAGAGAAACAGCAUGUCCCCUCAGCGGCCCUCUAGCACUGGAAAUGCAGGACUGAUGGGCUCAGAGCUGACGAGCACUGUGGUCUCCAGUGUGGGAAAUGGCAGCUACAGCAACCACUGCACCUCCCCGGGGCUGCUGUCUCCAGGAGGAGUCUCCAAAAACAUGCAGGAUAAGAGCCCUCCUUCGAUGAGCAUGAGCCGUAAGCCUGACCUCCGAACGCUGAUGCCGCCCUCCAACAAGUGCAACAACAUGCCAACUGUUAACCAGAGAAUAAAUCACUCUCAGACCGCUCAGACGCUGUCGACUCCUGCAGUGUCCAUCUCUGCUCCGACUCUUCCUGGACAGGGGAUGGGCGGAUAUCCGUCAACACUCAGCUCUUCUUAUGGCACAGAGUUCUCUCUCGGAAAUGACCUGUCCUCUCUGUCUGGAUUUUGUGGUUCUGGUCUCGGAUCCAUGACAAGCUGGCAGCAUCAGCAGAUACAGAACCUGCAGCAUCCAGCACUCGGACACAUGGGAAACUUGUGUCAGAACUCCAACCUAAACCUCAACUCCGGUCAUCAGAACCUACACAUCAAGUCUGAGCCAGCUUCUCCUCCCAGAGACCGGAGCAUUGCCAUGGUCGGCACAGGACUCGGAGGAGGCGUGACCACGGCUGGAUACUCUACCUCUGCCAGGGGUCCCAACGAAUCGGGCCGCUCCCCCGGUGACAGCGCAUCCAGCUGCGGGAGCUCGUAUGAAGGCAGCGAGGAGCGUGAGGAUUAUCACGGCAGCGACGGCUUCCUACUCCGACCUCUGUCCAGUCAGGAGGAGCGCCACAGCCCCUCAGUCAAACGGAUGAGGCUAUCAGAGGGCUGGGCGACAUGAUGGGGGCCGGUCUACAACCAGAGGGGAAGGGAUGUUAGUAAAGUUACCUUAUAGUGUUAUUAUUAUUAUUAUAAUCAAAUUCUUAUUGUACCGAGUGGGUGUGCUAUAUGUGUAAUGGUAACAUGUACGUGAGGGGGGGGCGGGCAGAGUCAGACAGUGAUACAGUGAUGCUCUGCUGUAUUUACAACAUGUUCUGUACACUAGAGCAAUGACUCCUGGAAGAUCACAACUGGUGAACAGAACUUGUAAGAUAUGGUUUUUAUACUUUGAAAGCUGUGUCAAAAACAUCUCAUCAAAACGGAAGAUUAAGGGGAGUUGACACCCAACUGUUCUUAGAAGAGGUAAAGGGUGACAUUUUAGUGAUUUUAGUGCAAGGAUAGAAAUAAUGAAAAAAAUAAUUUCAUAACAUCCAAGGCCAGAAAAAUGAAAUAUAUUUUGGAAAUGUGCAAUAAUCUUAGAAUAUGAGAUACAAACACAAAAGGUCAAAAUCGCCCAAUUCAUGUAGGUGAUCGAUUCAGCAGUUAAAUAUUAACCUUAGUGUGAUUCUUUCAAACCUUAAUCGUAAUACUUACAUGGGAUGAAAUACCAGAAUUAUGAUAUAGCGUAAACAUCAACAGAUGCAGAUCAUUGAUUUUUAUUCCAAAUAACUCAACUUAUCAGUAAACCACUUAAAGCCAUGAUUAAUGUGAUGCUUAUUAUGCAGGGCGUGUUAAGGAAUAGCAACUUUUGCCUGCUUUAGUGCAUUGAAGAGAAUGAGUAAUGGGUAUAAAUACACUGAAAUUAACUUAAAGCAAAGUGGGUAAUUUCUCCUUAGAUGUUUUUGACACAGUCAGUGAGUGUGGCUGUUCUAAAGACUAUUUCUUACAUGUUUUACACAAACAGUUUAAUGCAGGAUGUCAUUUCACACCAACAUGUACUGAAGUGGCUGGAAGGGCUGAUGGUAUACAUGCAAUGUUGGCUUUGUGUGUGUUUGGGGAUCAGGGGGGGGGUUAAGUAAAUAGCAAGUAUGUUUAAUGCACAUUCACAGAUGUGCACAUGUAUGCAAACUAACAAAGGUAAAGUGAAUAAGUCUGGUACUCUGAACGGUGAAGCUACUUAAUGAGAUGUGGAUCAUUGGAGCCAUGAGAGCAGGCGUGCUGAGGUGAAGCGCUUAGCGUCACCACCUCAUACAGUACAUGCCGUGUUGCAGGUUCAACAUGUGUGCACACACAGAAACCUAAAGGCACAUUUCGAAAACGUAUGGAAGGUAAAGUCUGGCAAAUAAAAGAGGUAGAAAGAGAGAGCUUGAGUAGGUACAGUAGGAGAGAGAGGGAGGUGGAGAAAUGUAGAGGUGUAAGAGAAAUGUUGACUGAGGACGAUUAGAAACUUAUUUGCAACAGGUUGCAUAGAAAAGAAGCUUUGAUGUGAAGAAACAAAUCAGAGUUAGUAAGUAGUUUUCAGAGCACUGUUAGAAAAAAAUGAGGAUUUUUAUUUUUUUAUUAUUUUGGUGGAUGCAAUCCAACAACACAAACGUAUAUGGAAUCAAAAGUCAUGUUAAUCUUUUACUUUUUUUUACAGAGGAACUGAAAAGUAACCACUACUUAAUACUUACUUGUUAAUUUUAAAAUGUAUGGAUUUGCACUUCAGAUCUGGCUCACAUGCUGUGAAGGAGAAAUAGGACAUUUAUUACUAACUAAAUACACCAAUGCAUAAUCAGGGAUGUAGAACUUCAAAACAAAAUAAAAGUGGUGAGGAUUGAAAAAAGGGAAGUUAAAUAAAUUAAUAUUUAAGAUGUUUGUUUUUAAGUAAACAAAGAUAAGUAAUCAUAAAGUUAUCAAUUUGAAUUGCAUUUAAACAUAUAACGGGAAGUUUAAGCAUCUAUAUGAAUUCACAUUGCUUCAUAAUCUUCCUCUGAAAUUAUAUUUUUAAACUAACUCAAACUGACUAAUUGACCAAAUCGUCUCAGCUCUGCAAAUGCUAAAAUUGAAGAUAACAUUUUUAAUUUUCUUUGACUUGACUUUCUGAAAUCUGUGUUUUAAACCUUACACAAACUAUAUAAAUUCACACAGACAUCUGAAUAUUUAAUGCGAUGGAAUUUAAAUUUAAAUGUUAAGUAUUCUAUAGUGGUUACAGGUCACAAUUUGGUAAUCAUUUGUCUAGAAAAUGUAUAUGGCUUCUCUUGCGUCCAUACACCACAACCUGCAUAAUUUUCAUAUAAAAUCAACAGCGUCUGUGGGUUUAUGUAACGACUGGAGUGGUGAAUUACACAGAGAGGGAGUUCAGUCUCGCUCCAGUCACACUAAAAGCCAUAUACAACUGGACAAUGCUGUUACACUGCACAAACUUUAUUGUGUUGGGUUUAAAAAGAGAGCUUCCUUCCUUACAUCGAAUUGAUAUUUUUGGAUGUGUGCAGCUUUAUUUAAUUUGAUAACAAUAUACAAACAUGAAGAACAUGUGCAAACCAUUUUUUAACAAAGAUUCUGGCAGAUUUUAAGUUAGCUGUAAAGUGAAGUACAGAUCCCCUUUAAAAUCCGCUGUGUCGCUGGUGUCAGAGCCAACAUCAUCUCACAGAGCACAGAAGACAAUCUGCCCUUCUCCACGUCACCAUUACAUCUGCAGUGGUGGAAGAGAUACUCAGGUAAAAACACCAGUACAACAGAAGUCAUGUACUCAAAAUCCUACUUUAGUAUAAGUUCUGUAUUGUCAGACUUGAGUAAACAGUUGCUUCCACCACUGCAUGUUGUUGAAAGGUAUUUAGGACGUAUAUCAAUAAUCUGUGCCUUGUACCUCAACACGGUCUGACACCAGUCGCAGCAGGAUGAACAGUAGUUUAGGCUCUGAUAUCCACAUUUUUGUACUUUUAAAGUGACAGAAGUGGCUAAGGGUUGUUCACAUUUGAAUAUUUUGGUUUAAGAGCUGUAUAUUUGGAGCACAAACCCUCAGCCACAGUUCUGCACUCCACGUGCCCAGUUUACUGUAAAUCCAGUGACUAAAUUCACUCAUUCAAAUCCCUUUAGCUAUUCUAGUUUGAAAGACGCUGCUGUUGAGUUACAAACUACUUUAUGAUGCUGUUUAAAAAAAACGAUGAAAAAAACCAGGGCAGAGCCCAGAUGUAUUUCCUCCUGCACUCCUUUUCUUCUAUGAUGACUGGAGUCUCCGGGUUGGUCGGCUUCCGUCUUACUGCACCACACCUGACUCAGCCUAACACAGCUCACUGAGGGACAGGGCCAGGAGCUCGUCCUCAGGCUUCAGGUUGAGUCGAUGGGUGGAGGAGCACGUGGAACGGUGGAGUGUAAACUAACCAAAGUGUGAAAUACCCUGUAUACUUGUGUUUUUGGUUUGAUUUCUUUAAUCUGUAACUGCCUGGACUUUGUCAAAUCCGUGCUUAAAAAGCCCUGAUGAAAUGAUUUGAAGUUAUUUUUAUCUGGUGACGUCACUGAAUGUCCUCUGUACUUUAAAUGUACACUCCUGGGCUGCAUUUUCCCCUCUUUCCACGCACGAGUGCUUGAGUAACUGCGUAAGUAAAAUACUCUAAGAGAUUGUUAGCGGCAUAAGCUGGCCUUUGUCGCCACUUGGAGACAUUGAUUCUCAGAAGAGAAAUACAGUGCACCUCUGUUGUCGCAAAUCAUGUACAGCGGUUCCCUCACUCAGAAAAGUGGUUGUAUUUGUAUUUUGCAGGAAAAAGAAAACUUUAAAUAUACAGGCUCUGUUACAAAUGUC